UCUAUUUGCAAAGAAUUUGGCUCGUGUAGUUGGGCUCGUGAGAGUUUGAUUACAAAUUGCACACCGGUGUAGAAAUAGCAGCGGCCCUGAUUUCAAAUGCUUGCGAUGACCUUUGCAGCAAUGGGCCUUGCGCCAUCACUUUUACCCCGCUAAAAAUCCAACUCUGAUACUCCAGGCCGAUUCUCGCCGUCUUCGCCCACAACCGCCAUACAAACAUCCGUCAUCUUACAUAUCCGAUCCUGAACUCGACCUCAGGCCUGGUGACAAGAUGUCGACGAUUACCGAAAUCCUGACCGACGAGCAGUGGCAGCAGGUGCUCAGCUCUGCGCCCGCUUCAACCCUCAUUGUCGCUUCUUUCCACGCACCAUGGGCGGCGCCAUGUGCCCAGAUGGCAACCGUCUUGUCCACGCUCGCAUCCGAAUAUCCCGUCACCGACCCGCUAAGCACCCAGUGGGUGUCGAUCAAUGCUGAAGACCUCAGCGACAUCAGCGAAACCUACGAUGUGACCGCGGUUCCCUACCUGGUGCUGCUGCGAAACGGCGAGGUCGUCGAGACCGUCAGCGGCAGCAGCGCCCUCAAGGUACGGACGGCUAUCGAGAAGCACGCAAACAAGGCUGGGGGUGCGACGCAAAGUGCUGCUGCAACCAACGGCACUGCUCAGGCCGCCGAAGUGGCCCAGGCCGAUGCCACCGUCGUUGACCCGGCCAAGCAGAAGGAGGAACUGUUCAAGCGUCUCGGCGACUUGGUCAAGGCAGCCCCCGUUAUGCUCUUCAUGAAGGGCACACCCAGCUCUCCUCAGUGUGGCUUCUCGCGACAAAUGGUUGGAAUCUUGCGCGACAACUCUGUCAAAUACGGAUUUUUCAACAUUCUCGCCGACGAUGAUGUGCGCCAGGGUUUGAAGGAGUAUGCUGAGUGGCCGACUUUCCCGCAGCUGUGGGUGGACGGCGAACUCGUCGGCGGCCUCGACAUUGUUAAGGAGGAGCUAAGCAGCAACGAGGAUUUCUUCAAGCCAUAUAGUGUCACUGCCGAACCGACGGCGGCAUAAAGGCAAAGCCGAGAAAUGUGUAGACAACACCUCCUCACAUUUCCGUCUAUGAUAUCUCUGGUGAAAAUAAUCUUGCCAACUAUUAUGGGUUGGUGGUGGAGCCGUGACACAGAGCCAUAUUAAAGUGUUCCGGUCUGUUCAACUGUAGGAAGAAGUAUGCUACGCAGGCCCGGAAGUGUCUAGAGAUGAAAUGCGUGGGACGACAACACAAUGGCAAUUUGCCCCUGCAUACUAUAUCGAGUUGUCGGAUGAGCGAAGUUGGAAUCGGAGUGUUAUAUAUAUCGACGAGGUUGAACAUAUGUGACCAAGAGUAGAAAAGAAGGGCCCUUUAUUGAGUUGGUCAUGUCUGCCGAGUCGGGUAUUUGAUGAGUAGGAAAGCAGAGGAGGAUAUGAUGUAUGAAAGCCACAAUUUUAUUGAAGAACAAAUAAAAAAUAUCAACUGAACAAUACAGAUUUUGGAUACUGU